AUGGCGAAAUCCGAGUCCCGGAAGCUCUCGAUUUUCUACCUGUUCUUGCUCACCGCAUUCGCGUUCAACUGCUGGUGCCACGAUCGAGAGCUGCACAUUGUAUACAUGGGAGAUCGAUCGUCGCUGGAGCAAGCGUCGGCGGCCACCAGACAUCACGCGAUGCUGCAUCGAGUACUCGGCAGCGCUUCGGCAGCCAAAAAGUCGCUCAUUUAUACUUACGGAAGGAGCUUCGAUGGAUUUGCUGCUAUGCUUACGCCGGACGAAGCUCGGGCAAUUUCAGAAAUGGAAGGAGUGGUUUCGGUGAAUCCAAACCGUGUUUACGAGCUUCACACGACGCGAUCGUGGGACUUUGUGAAUCUUACGACUGACAAACUCGGAGUGCCUUCGGAAUCGGAUGUCGUAAUUGGGCUUCUCGACACCGGUGUGUGGCCGGAGCAUCCUAGUUUCGACGACAAAGGGUUCGGCCCGCCACCGGAAAAAUGGAAGGGGGCGUGCACCGGCGCGAACUUCACUUGUAAUAACAAGAUCAUCGGAGCGCGCUACUACAACGUUUACAACUCGUCGUACCCGGGCGACAUCCAAUCCCCGAGAGACUCUGAGGGGCAUGGAACGCACACGGCGUCGACAGCUUCGGGCGUCCAAGUCAACGCAAGCUACUAUGGUCUAGCCAAGGGCAAAGCUCGCGGAGGCAUGCCUAAUUCGAGGGUCGCUGUGUACAAAGUUUGUUGGUUGGGUGGUUGCAGCUCUGCGGACAUCCUCAAAGCGUUCGAUGAUGCAAUAGCGGACGGCGUCGAUAUUAUAUCGGUGUCAUUAGGAUCUCCCUAUCCCGAUUACUACUUUGACGACCCCAUCGCCAUUGGAUCUUUCCACGCCAUGAGGAAUGGAAUUUUGACAUCGAACUCGGCCGGGAACUCCGGACCUUACCUGGUGACGAUUAGGAACUACUCUCCGUGGACACUUACCGUCGCUGCUAGCUCUAUCGAUAGGAAAUUCGUCACGAGAAUGCAGCUCGGCAACGGACUAAUGUUAACGGGAAUGGCGAUCAACAUCUUCGAUCUCAACGGCACGUCGUAUCCAUUGAUUUGGGGAGGCGAUGCAGCCAACUACACGAUCGGUUCUAGCCCGGAUAUCGCGAGAUAUUGCUUUCCCGGUUACAUGAACGAUGACAUUGUGGCCGGGAAAAUUGUUUUUUGCGAAGCCGUGUGGGGUGACUCGGCGAUCUUACAAGGUAACGGGGCCGGCCUCGUUAUAUCCGAUGUUCGUUACCAAUAUCUCGACGUUGCCUUUAGUAGGCCGUUGCCAUCGACGUUGUUAAGCCCCGAGGAUGGGAGAAUCGUUAAAGAUUACAUAAGAAGCUCAGAGAACCCGACGGCGACGAUUUUCUUUAGCGAUGCGUGGAAGGAUGCUAUGGCGCCGGUUGUCGUAUCGUUCUCUUCUAGAGGGCCGAACCCAAUCUCCCCCGACAUUCUUAAGCCCGAUCUCACGGCACCGGGUGUCGAUAUUCUCGCUGGGUGGUCUCCGGUGUCGCCUUACGAUACCAAGAGCACACUAUUCAACAUCGUCUCCGGCACAUCCAUGUCGUGCCCCCAUGCAAGCGCCGCUGCUGCUUAUGUCAAAGCCGCCCACCCGGAUUGGUCUCCGGCGGCGAUCAAGUCGGCUCUAAUGACCACAGCUCGCGUAAUGGACCCGAGCAAACAUGACGACCGCGAAUUCGCCUACGGCUCGGGCCAAAUCAACCCGGCGGCCGCAAGCGACCCCGGGCUUGUAUUUGACGCAUCGGAGGCGGAUUACGUCAAUUUCCUUUGCAAACAAGGCUACAACACGACAACUCUCCGGCUAAUCACCGGAGACAACAGCACGUGCGCGAGCACGGCCCCGGGAAGAGGAUGGGAUCUCAACUACCCGUCGUUCUCCCUAUACGUCGAGGACGGCGAAAAAAUUCACGGCACUUUCACUAGGACCGUCACAAAUGUUGGAGCGGCGAACUCGAGUUACACGGCUAGUUUGUACAUGCCGGCCCCAUUUAUUACCGUCGCAAUCGAGCCAUCCGUUCUGACAUUCUCGGCUGUCGGACAGACCAAAAGUUUCGCCGUUAAAGUCACCGGACCGGCUAUGGCGCAGCAGCCGAUCACGUCGGGAGCCAUCAGUUGGAGUGACGGGAAACAUGUGGUGAGGACACCGGUCGUCGUGUACAGCUACAUUCCGGGAUCCCCUUAUAAUUUGGAAUCCGACCGGUCCUACUCGCGGGCGAAUUUCCGGCAGUCUACUGUUUAUCGGAAUAGCGGCGUCUUCGGACAACCGAAGGCGCACCGCCGGCCGGUGUCUAAUUGA